AUGGCCGUGACAGGGAAAGUGAAAUUAUUUGUGUGCCUCGGCAUCAUGCUGUUUGAACUGGGCCACUGUAAUGUGGCUUGCAGAAAUGAUAAAGGAAAAGAAGUUGAUUGGUACAUUUUAUACAAGUUGCCUCAAUUUACAGGCGAUGGACUGAAAUACCUGUACAUGGAUGAAAGCACUAAUGGAUGGAGGGAGAGUGAAGAGAGGAUCAACAGUGCAAGCGGGUCAGUGGCGAAAACUCUGAAGCCUCUCUUCGACUACUACAAGAAGAAGACCGAAGGUUUUGGAUAUAUUCUCUACAACGACCAGCCUCCAAAAACUCCUGCCCCUUCAUCUUUCGGGCAUGCUAAAGGAGUUGUGAUGUUGGACAGGAUAUCUGGAGUCUGGCUGUCUCACACUACACCACGGUUUCCUUCAUACCAAAGUGAAGACUUUUGGCCUGUAAGCGGAACAACCUAUGCGCAGACCUUUCUCUGUGUAACUUAUGCAUAUAUUGAAUUUAGAAAAAUUGGUACCCAUCUUAAAUAUAUCCAUGCAUAUUCAUUUGAUUCCUAUAUACCACCGUAUUUCCUUGAGGAGCUAAAAUGUGUUGAACAGAGAAGCUGUUAUCCAAAGAACGAGCCCUGGUUUAAGGUCAUGGAGCUGACUUCACGGAAAGGACACCGGUUUAAGAGCUUUGCAAAAUAUUCAAGAUUUCAGGAUGACCUUUAUGCCGGCCUCAUUGUGAAAUUUACUAAACAGGACUUAUUUGUGAAGAGUUGGGGGAAAUUGCGCCAACCACUGCCAUCAGUCUGUAGUAAUACAAUCCCACAUCAUGUGUACAACAUUAAUGAAGUGAACCCUCACAGGAGAGGCCCCUUUGACGUCACGGUGGACCACUCCAAAUGUCUGCGAAGGGAAGUGUGGACCAAGAUGAAGCAAGCACUGAAGAGGACGAGUGUGGGGAAGGUGCAGGUGCACACAGCGGCUUUAGUGGCGCCAGUGACUGCAGCUCCCAGAGCAGCUGCUAGCAACAAACGGCACAAAAGAUCACUUGAAACCAGAACUACGGCAGAGCACAUAUUCCAGCUACUGAACGCGUUUAUCCAUGAGAAUGGACUGGACUGGAAAAAGUGUGUGGGGGUGUGUACAGACGGCGCGAGGGCUAUGACGGGUCGUAACAGCGGGGUAGCCACUCGCAUCAGAGAGGUGGCACCUGAGAUGCGCUGGACUCACUGCAGUAUCCACCGUGAGGCACUGGCAGUGAAGAAGAUGCCUGAUGACCUGAAGUCUGUCCUGGACUCUGCUGUAAAAACUGUGAACUUCAUAAAGUCCAGACCGAUGAAUGCUCGCUUAUUUCAUGUGCUCUGCGACGAGAUGGGUAGUGAGCAUGUCCAACUCUUGCUUCAUACUGAAAAAGCAGCCAGUGUGUAA